AUGAUGAUGACGUGCCGUCUGCUGUGCGCCCUGUUGGUGCUUGCCCUGUGCUGCUGCCCGUCCGUGUGCGUGACAGCUCAAGACCCCAAUUCACCGUCAUCUUCUCCGGAGGUAAAAGGUGUGGCCGGGGCGGAAGGGGGAGUAGGCACGGGAGGGUCAAUAUUUACGCCAGGUACCUCAGGGGCACAAAAUCAGGAUGAUGAAUCGAGGGAAGGAUCAGGUGUGGGCCAUACAUCAGAGUCAUCAAUUGAGAGGUCCACGCGGUUAGAUCGACAUGAUGCAACCGUCACGGACAAAACGCCACAUACAUCGAAUUCUGCGGACAGUACGGGACCGGGACCGGGUGCACCACUGGUAACAGUUGAGAGGCCCGCUGCGUCAGAGGCACCCAGUAAUUCCGAACACAAGCCAAAUGCCACGACCACGACGACAACCACGACGACCACGACGACGACGACCACUGCGCCAGAGGCACCAAGUAGCACGGCCAUGAAUACGGAGACGCCUACUACGACCACCACCCGCGCAUCGUCACGUCUUCGCGAAAUCGACGGCAGCCUCGGCAGCUCUGCGUGGGUGUGUGCCCCGUUGGUGCUCGCCGUGUCCGCGCUGGCGUACACCGCUCUGGGCUGA